CGGCUCCGCCUCCUCCCGAGCUCCGCUCCGUUCCACUCCGGGACUGCGGGGAGCCGGGGGAAGGCGGUGGCGGUGCGGACACCAUGGCUCGUGUGCUGAGCCGGGACCCGGUGGACAUUGAGAACAUUCUGGCUUUAAAUCCCCGAAAACAGACACAUGCAACUCUUCAUUCAACUGCAGCAAAGAAGCAAGUAAAGAAGCAAUGGAAAAGGAAUUUUGACAAAAGCUGUUCGAACUGUGAGAAACUGGAAAAUAAUUUUGAUGACAUCAAGCACACGACUCUUAGUGAGCGAGGAGCACUUCGAGAAGCAAUGAGAUGCUUAAAGUGUGCAGAUGCCCCCUGUCAGAAGAGUUGCCCAACUAAUCUGGACAUCAAGUCAUUCAUCACAAGUAUUGCAAACAAGAACUAUUAUGGAGCUGCCAAAAUGAUUCUUUCUGACAAUCCACUUGGCCUGACAUGUGGAAUGGUGUGUCCAACAUCAGAUCUCUGUGUUGGUGGCUGCAAUUUGUAUGCCACUGAGGAGGGACCAAUUAAUAUUGGUGGAUUGCAGCAGUUUGCUACUGAGGUAUUCAAAGCUAUGAAUAUUCCUCAGAUCAGAAACCCUUCCUUACCUCCUCUAGAAGAUAUGCCUGAAGCAUAUCAGGUGAAGAUAGCUCUUCUUGGUGCAGGACCUGCAAGUUUAAGUUGUGCUUCCUUUUUGGCUCGACUGGGCUAUUCAAACAUCACCAUAUUUGAAAAGCAGGAGUACAUUGGUGGUUUAAGUAUGUCUGAAAUCCCCCAGUUCCGAUUGCCGUAUGAUGUAGUGAAUUUUGAAGCCGAGCUUAUGAAGGAUCUUGGAGUGAAGAUAAUUUUUAAUAGAGGCCUUGCAGUGAAUGGAAUGACACUCUCUACCUUGAAAGAAGAUGGGUAUGAAGCAGUCUUUAUUGGAAUAGGUUUGCCAGAACCAAACAGAGACAGUAUAUUCCAAGGAUUGAGAAUGGAUCAAGGAUUCUACACAUCUAAAGACUUCUUACCUUUGGUAGCAAUGGCAAGUAAACCAGGGAUGUGUGCCUGUCACUCUCCAUUGCCGUCAAUACAUGGAACUGUGAUUGUACUUGGGGCAGGAGACACUGCUUUUGACUGUGCAACAUCUGCUUUACGCUGCGGAGCUCGUCGCGUGUUCGUGGUCUUCAGGAAGGGAUUCACUAAUAUCAGGGCUGUCCCAGAAGAGAUGGAACUUGCAAAAGAAGAGAAGUGUGAAUUUCUGCCUUUCCUCUCCCCUCGGAAAGUUGUUCUUAAAGGUGGACAAAUUAUUGCUAUGGAAUUUGUUCGAACUGAACAAGACAGUGAUGGUAACUGGAAAGAAGAUGAGGAUCAGGUUGUCCGUCUGAAAGCUGAUGUGGUGAUCAGUGCCUUUGGCUCCAUUUUAAGUGACAAUAAAGUUAGAGAGGCCAUGGCACCUAUCAAGUUUAACAGAUGGGGUCUUCCUGAAGUAGAUCCAGAAACCAUGCAAACAAGUGAACCCUGGGUUUUUGCAGGAGGUGACAUUGGUGGUCUUGCUAACACUACAGUGGAAUCAGUAAAUGAUGGAAAACAAGCUUCCUGGUACAUACACAGAUACAUACAGUCCUUAUACGGUGUUGCAGUUUCCACGGUUCCAGAACUACCACUCUUCUAUACUCCUAUAGAUUUAGUAGAUAUCAGUGUAGAAAUGGCUGGACUGAAGUUUCCAAAUCCUUUUGGCCUCGCCAGUGCAACUCCUGCUACAAGUUCUUCAAUGAUUCGAAGAGCAUUUGAAGCUGGGUGGGGCUUUGCUGUCACUAAAACAUUCUCUUUGGAUAAGGAUAUUGUGACCAAUGUUUCUCCAAGAAUUGUCCGUGGAACUACUUCAGGUCCUAUGUAUGGCCCAGGCCAAGGCUCUUUUCUAAACAUUGAACUGAUCAGCGAGAAAACAGCAGCAUAUUGGUGUAAAAGCAUUGCUGAAUUGAAGGCUGACUUUCCAAACCAUGUUCUGAUUGCCAGUAUCAUGUGCAGCUAUAGCAGGGAGGACUGGACUGAACUUUCAAAAAUGGCUGAGGUUGCUGGUGCUGAUGCGCUGGAGUUAAAUUUAUCAUGUCCUCAUGGUAUGGGGGAGCGAGGCAUGGGACUGGCCUGUGGGCAGGAUCCAGAGCUGGUACGGAACAUCUGUCGCUGGGUUAGACAAGCUGUUCAAAUUCCUUUCUUUGCCAAGCUGACCCCAAAUGUCACUGAUAUUGUGAAUAUUGCAACGGCUGCGCAGGAAGGUGGCGCAGAUGGUGUUACAGCCACCAACACUGUGUCAGGACUGAUGGGACUGAAAGCAGACAGCACACCUUGGCCAGCAGUUGGUAGAGGACUGAGGACCACAUAUGGUGGGAUGUCAGGAAAUGCUAUCAGGCCCAUCGCCCUCCGCGCAGUGUCUGCCAUAGCCCGUGCUCUCCCAGGAUUUCCCAUUUUAGCAACUGGAGGCAUCGAUUCUGCUGAAGCUGGGCUUCAGUUUCUACACAGUGGGGCUUCUGUUUUACAGGUGUGCAGUGCGAUCCAAAAUCAAGAUUUCACUGUUAUUGAGGACUACUGCACUGGACUGCAAGCUCUUCUUUACCUGAAAAGCAUUGAGGAACUUGAAGACUGGAAUGGACAGAGUCCUGCAACCAUGCGCCACCAGAAAGGAAAACCAGUACCUAGAAUUGCUGACUUGAUGGGAAAGAAACUACCCAGUUUUGGGCCUUACCUGGAACAACGCAAAAAAAUAAUAGCUGAGAACAAGAUUAAACUGAAGGCACAGAACAUGACUGCUGUGCUUCCCGAGAAAAAGCAUUUCAUUCCAAAGAAGCCCAUUCCAGGAAUCAAGGAUGUAAUUGGAAAAGCACUGCAAUAUAUUGGAACAUAUGGUGAUCUGUGCAACACAGAGCAAGUUGUGGCUCUGAUUGACGAGGAAAUGUGUAUCAACUGUGGCAAAUGCUACAUGACCUGUAAUGAUUCUGGCUACCAGGCUAUCCAGUUUGAUCCCGAAACCCACCUGCCCAUGGUUACUGACAGCUGUACAGGCUGCACCCUGUGUCUCAGCGUCUGCCCUGUUAUUGACUGCAUCCGCAUGGUUUCCAGGACAACACCCUACGAACCAAAGCGCGGGCUGCCCUUAGCCGUGAACCCCGCGUGUUGAGGUGAUCGGUCCGACAGCUAACGUGAACUUUACACUUGUUUGGUGCAAUUGAUUUGCUUUCUAAUUAGUCCUUGAAAAUCUACUCAUAUAAAAAAAAAAAUGUGGUAUUGAUAGCCGUUACAAUGAACACUGCUUUCCAAUUACUAUUCUUACAACAAUUAAGUUCUGAAAUUACAGGAAGGCGAUUGUGGCUGUCAGUUGUCUACUAUUUGAAGUGUAACUUUCUCCUCACAAAUUCAUGCUGUGAUUUCAAAAUUUCUCUAUAGACUCUUUAAUGUCUAUGUAUUUUCUGGCUGGAAAUAUAAUUAAGAAAGCAUUUUUAAUGAACUACAAAUCAAUGUACAAGCUAACUGUUUUUAGGGAGGGCAUUUUGUAAUUAAACAUUACAUUUAGUUUUAAAAUAGUUUCUUAGAAGAUGUAAUUAACUACAUAGCAUUCAAACAAGGCAAUUGGCUUCUAUUUUUCUAUAGACAGAAAUGAAAGGGAGUUUAAAAUGGGAUUUAAGAACUGGAUUAAUCACUUUCAACUACUACAACAUAUGGUAGUGUAUUUUUAUAAUCCUUUCUAAGUCUUUCUCACACUAGUCAUUUUAUAGAAUGAAUUUUCUUUGCACUGACACAUGCUGGACUGUUCAGAUUUGUGCACUGCAUGGCUCCUUGACUGUUGCUUCCUCCCCCCAGUGUAAAAUCUCUCUGGGAACAGUUAAACCAGUUUAUUAGGAAGUCCAAGUUGCAUUUCAGGAUUCUGAGAAGCAGCAACAUUUUUUUGGUCCAAGCUCAUCAUCUAAAUAACUUUUUAAUUGUGCCAAUUAAUGUUCCAGAAUAUACACGUUACAGGUCAGAGAGCUGAUUAUGUGCCAAUGGACUACACAUCCCGCAAGCUGUGUUUGCCAAACACACACAGGGCAAACCAGCAAGGUGGUUUCCCCCAGUGCCACUUCUUUAUACUUAUGGGUUAUGUAUGGUUGCGAUAGUUUCACAGACAAAAAUAAAUAUAGAUUUGUCUGUCUUGCUAAGCAAUAUCUCAAUUUUAAUCCAGUUCUCACUCACAGUAGGAACUUUCUAAUAUGAACAUAUUGCUGUCUGCUUUACUUCACUUAAGAAUAUAAAGCCUUUAGUUUCAUAACAGUAAUAAAUGAUCUAUCAAUUCAAUUUCUUAUACCGUAUAUUGUGAGCUCCAAAAGCUUUGAUUAAAAAUAUACUGUGCCUUUUGUUUCUUGAUUUAUGGAUUGUACACUGAGUUAUAAAUAAAUUUGAAACCAACUUGG